CUGCAGCAAGGCAACACUGCGUGUUGUGCUUGCGUGUACCAAAUAUUAAAAUGAGACCCAUUAUAACUACUGGUGCCGAACCUGGCAGGGGCGAUCUGAUGAAAGAACAAAGCUUGGCGCCUGCUGUCGAAGAGCUGUGGAACACGUGGGAGAUCCACAGCAUGAUCCUCGUCAGCCUGUUCCUGCAAGUCUUCCUCUUCCUCUUUGCGGGCAAACGGAUGCGUAGCAACAGCACCCUGAGGCGCCUGGUCCUGUGGCUUGCCUACUUAUCGGCGGACUCAGUGGCCACCUUCGUGCUGGGCCACCUCGCGGUCCGCGCGAUCGAGCCGAGCGACCAGGGGCUCAUGCCCUUCUGGGCGCCGUUCGUGCUCGUCCACCUGGGCGGGCAGGAGACCAUGACGGCCUUCUCCAUGCAGGACAACGAGCUGUGGAAGCGGCACCUACUGAACCUGGUCACCCAGGCAGCAGUCGCCGGCUACGUCGUGGGCAAGGCCUCUUGGCCGGACCGCCGGCUCAAGGCGGCGUUGGUUCUCGUGUUCGUCUCUGGGUUCUUCAAGUACGCGGGGCGUACUUUGUACCUCUUCUUUGCGAGGCCAAAGUUUCUGAAGAGCCCCAUAUCAUGGAAGCUGUACGGGCAAGGCAAAACUUCUUAUGAGGACAAGAGGAAACGAGCCACAGAAGACAUGGGGAAAGUUCUUAAUAGGUUGUCCAACGGCAGUACAGAGCGUCCACGGUUCAUGGAGUCCUUCAGUCUCACAACCGACAUCAUGGCAGGGGAUGCUCCCCUCAACACAGUGCGGAGCAUCACCUUAGCAGAGACUGGGGAGCUACCAGGCAUGCUGGACGAGUUCCUGUGUCGUGAUGACCACCACAAUGCCUACGAGUACGUGGGAACACUUCUGGUACAGUGCUACUCACGACUCUACACCAAAGGUUAUGUUCGAGAGGGUAUUGCUGAUAGUUUGAGUAAGUGCAAGGAGGGUUCAUCAGUUGGUUCAGGACCGGUGUCUAAGCCUAAGCAGAUUUCAUCAAAUAUGGUUUGUACUGCCAUCUUUCAAUCCAUCGUGUACGGGGGACCCACCCUCUUCCCGUAUGUCGCAAUCCCGAUUGCCCUAGUGCUCUUCGCGGCGGCCGAAAAGGGGGAUCCACUACUCCAUAGUAGAAGAGGCAGAGUUGAUAUCAUGGUGUCCUACCUACUGCUUGUGGGAGCAGUAGUACUAGAUGUGUCCUCUAUUGUCAGCUUCAUUUUCUCCCGCUUCAGUUCCUCCAAGGAACUGUGGUGUCAAAAGCUCAACCAAUACAACAUGAUCAAUAGUGCAGAGGUAUCCGAGUGCCUUAGAAGUAUACAGGAAAAGUUUGGCUGCGAUGUAUAUGAUGUAGCCCUCAGUAUGCCCAUCAAGGAGUUCAUCCUCGACACUUUGUUAGUCUCGGGAACAAGAAAAGAAUGGAACAUUGCCAGCACCCGUGGCCAGCUAGCGCUUCAUCACCGCAAGGCGACGACAAGCACACUAAGAGCACUUGAGGAGAGCGUCAGAACCGGUGUUGAUUUCCCAAGAAGCGUGCUCAUCAUAUGGCACAUUGCAACAGACAUCUGCUUUCGCUACUCCGGCGACAAGGACGCCGCCACCACUUAUUCUGCUGAUGGAUUAUUGAAGAAGCAUUGCUACAAGCAGAUGAGCAGAGAGCUAUCAAACUACAUCAUGUACCUUGUCUUCAAGUGCGGUGUGAUGCUUACUACCUACUCCCAUGUUGAACAUGACGACACCCUAUAUGAAAUUGCAAAAAAACUAUCUCUGUAUCGACGACAGGCGGGUGUUAAUCCAGGUGAUCACAAGGAUCCUGUCAUCACGAAGCUUCUUCUUUCUGAAGAGACGAUCAAGAUGGAGCGUGAAGAAUCAAAGGAACAAGUUGAAACAAGCAAGGUCGAGCAUGAAGGAGAAUCCAGCAAGGAGGAAGAACGAGAUGAAAUUGUCCAGUUAGACCAUGAAGAAUCGGCCAACGAUGACAAUAACGAUGCAGCUGCCGAGGAUCACAUGAAGAAACUCUGUCAGAGUGCUGAAGCUCUAUAUUCGUCUCCAGUGCUGCCCCGUGCACGUGAGGUGGCCCAGGAGCUGAUUAGCAUCAAGGAUGAAGCUGAGCGCUGGGACCUCAUUGCCGCGGUGUGGGCGGAGAUGCUUUACUACACCGCGCCACGUUGCGGGGCUGCUUUCCACGCCGAGCAUCUAGCCAAGGGUGGUGAGUUCGCCACUCAUGUUUUCGUUCUCAUGUAUUUGCUUGGUCCUUUCAUGCCACCCCCUGGUGCUUGACGUCCUUCACCUACUACAUGCGCCGUGCCGUUGUCGUCCAAGCCUUUUCGAGCAAUUAUUUCAUCAUCCUGUACUCUUAUGAUUGUAUCUUACUUCGAUCCGAACCAAGAAACUAGCUUUUGUGUGUGUGCUUGCGCGUACCUUUUACCAACAUAUAUGUAAUAAGUUUCCAAAUUCCAUCUGCUCCAGUAGGACGAUGGAAUAUAUAAACACCGAAUGGAACUUUUUUCAUGAAUUUCAUUGAA